GUGAGCAACUAGUUCAUGUUAACAUGCCCACAGCUGCCAUUCCUCUCUCUCUCUCCUAAUCUACUGUUCCCCCCAUGACUCAAUCCUCAAAUUCACAUCCAACUAUGCAUGAGAUAAUGCUUACCCAAAACCAUCAUCUCAUAAAAACAAAAUCACAAUCUUUCUUUUCAACCUUUUCCAUAAUAUCAUAAUGCGUCUCUUGUUUGUUUCCUAGAGAAGAAAAAAAAGAUUGACCUCCUUGUCCUAAGUCCUUUAAGCCAUUUAAAGCACUCCUCUCCCUUGAUCACAUUCUUCUUUCCUUCCCUUUCCUGCCCCCUUUGGAACUCUGUCCCCGUCUCUAGCUACUUCCCAACAAGUUGCAUGCUCUCUUGAAUGUCCAGAGAAAGGGAGAGAUUAUUUGAUGAAGUAGGAAAGAAGAUCAAGAGAGAAACUGAUCAUAAAUCUUCUCAUAUGGGAAGGAGACAGUUGCUGGGGCCUCCUGGGACCUUGAACACUAUCACCCCUUGUGCUGCAUGUAAGCUUCUGAGAAGAAGAUGUGCUGAAGAGUGCCCUUUCUCCCCCUAUUUCUCCCCCCAUGAACCUCACAAGUUUGCUGCUGUCCACAAAGUUUUUGGUGCCAGCAACGUCUCCAAGAUGCUCAUGGAUGUUGCAGAGAACCAAAGAGCAGAUGCCGUGAACAGCCUGGUUUUUGAAGCAAACUUGAGGCUCAGAGAUCCAGUCUAUGGAUGCAUGGGUGCAAUCUCAGCUUUACAACAUCAAGUUCAUUCUCUACAAACCGAACUUAAUGCAGUGAAAGCUGAGAUACUGAAAUACAAGUAUAGAGAAGCUGCUUCCACCAUCAUUUCUUCUAGUCAUGCUGCUCUAGUUUCUUCGGAGUCCGAUUCGAUAUCUGCAGUUUCACUGCCAUCAUCUCUUCCUCCACCUCCUCUACCUCUACCCCCACCCACACCAUCAGUUGUUUCUUCUUCACCUCCUUCUGCAUCUUCUUUGUAUACAAUACUGCCUUCAAGCACAACAGGCUAUAGCUCUAUUACAAGUGAUAACAUUCCAUACUUCGACUGAAUUCACCACCCUAAAUCUUUUAAACUUUCUUCAUGCAUCAUGUUUGAUAUGGUAGAAUUAAUGAUCAUCAUAUUGGUGGGGAUUGCUCUCCUCUUUCUUUCUA